CCUUCUCGCAGCACGGUUCAGCAGAUCGAAUGACCAACUAAUCCUCUUUCUUCCUCUCUCUCUCGCCAUCUCUGCGACCCUGUGCAGACACCCCAUAAACACAGUCCUUCAGCAGGUCGUUACUCUGCUCUUUGGAUCCGAGUGCUUCUGCUCUCCCGCUAUACUCGACCAGAGAGAGCAUGUCGAAAGCGUGACCGGUUCGUCGUCUCUCGUCGCCGCCGGUCGCUCUCUCCAACCCGACGUUCUUAUUGCCGAUUUUCGAGGUGCGGUCGCCGCGAUUGCGACACGCCUUUCUGUAAGUGCACUGCUCAAUGGUGUCAUCCCAAAUACUCUCUCAACACUGCCAUUUCCGAGUAUCGACUACCGCAAAUCUGAUGGUCUCUCAAAGACUCCUUGUGCCUCAUCACGCCUAGACGCCAAUUAGUCUUGUAGAUAACUGAACCAUGACCACUCAAAUAGACACAAACGGAAGCGAACCGUCGAGGAUCUCGUUCUGGGUAGCUAGCCGGGAGCCUGGCGAACCUGAAGAUACCGCCGCAGAACGAUUAGUCGCUCUCAAACGAGCAUUGCGAGCGACUGAUACAGAGAUAACCUGGGAGAAGUUAUUGGAAGAGCUCGCCUUGCUCGGCCACGCCCAGUGUGCUUUCGUCGUUAGAAAAGUAUAUAAAGAAGGCGACGACAGCGAGGGCGAUUUAACCAUGGCCUGUUACUACGACGAUCGGAACGGAAAGAGGGGAUGGCUCCGAGACCAUACAUACCGCACUACCGGCACGCCAUGUGAACAGAUGAAACAUGGCAAAGUAUAUCUUGUGCCUAGCAAUCUACAGUCUUAUGCAGUUUCCAACGACCUACCGUUCACUGCGGAAGCUUACAUGGCCACCCCAUUAUGGUCCGGUGAUCACAAUAUCGGCCAUUUUGGAAUGGUAUGGUCAAGCGAAGGCCUUUGCGAAAAGACUAUGUCGUGGCCAUAUAUAGAGUUGCUUCUGCACUCACUAGAGGACAUACUCGCUCAGCGUGUUCUGGACGAAAACACUUUGUCUAGUAAAGUGGACAAUUCACUAUCCGAAAUCUCAUUACCUACGCCGACAUACACAAAACCUCAAGUGGCGACCGCUCCGUCGUCGCCCGUAUUCGCACAUCCUCUGAAGCCUUUUGCACCAAGUCUAUCUCACGAGCUACGUACACCCAUGCAGGGAGUGGUGGGUAUGCUCGACGUUAUGUAUGCGAAUGUAGAAGAAGCAAUUGGCCGCAAGGCGAUGAGGAGUAAAUCUUCUAGCCUUUUGCAGGACUUAAAGGAGAGCAUUGAGCUGGUUCAAGACAGCGCCCGGCGCGCUGUUGAGGCUGCAGACAACGUGGUACAUGCCUACGAUCUCAACAUGGAGGUUCCGGAAACUCCCCACAUGGAAGUGUAUGCUAGCAUUAUGGGUGAUAUUUUACCACCAGCGAGUGUCGCCUCUACUGAUUGUUUACCUUUCAAAGAGGAUGGCCUGCCAGAAAACCCCUACAAACGUCGUCGAAGCUUCUCCGUCGAUUGGACAAGCCAGGGGCGGGCAGCCAAACGUUCUUCACGACGAAACGGCUCGCAAGGAGACCUCUCUCCCCGUAGCGAGGUCAAAUAUGCUAUCCAAGAAAGUGAUAAAAUCGUCUAUUCUCCAACGAAAGGUCGUAUUGAAGAGGUUGUAGUCAAUGCGGUCUCUCAAAGACCGUCGAUGACGGCACGUCGAAUGCUUCCGCACAUGCUCCUCGAAGGCGUACCAUCAACUGCGGUACGCCAUACAAAGAUACGCGAGCUUCUGCAUUUGGUGAUAAAUGAAUCCUUACAUAUAGGCAAGCGGCCUGAAUCGACCAUCAGUGAGAAGACAUUAUUAGGCGAACACAUCGAUGUUCAUGCCCUCGCACCAAACGGAGAAACGUGCGUUAAGAGCAUCGACUGGUCUGUAGACGCUAGUGUGCCUGAAACAGUCUUUGUUGAUGAACGUGACCUAGCAAAAUUGAUAUCCUGUGUCUUUUUGAACGCUGUCAAAUUCACUGAACGUGGCAAGAUUCGCGUGUCAGCCACAUUAAGCAACAAAUCUCCCCAACAUAUCCGCAUCAACAUCCGCGAUACUGGAACAGGCAUUCCAGAAGAAUUCUUCCCCAGUCUAUUCAAACCCUUCUCACGGGAAGAUGAUUCUACUACACGAACAAGAGAUGGACUAGGGCUUGGGUUAUUAGUUGCUAAGGGCUUAUCUAGGAAGAUGGGUGGCGACUUACUAUGUGUUGAUUCUUCGACAUCCGGCCCUGAACGAGGGUCUGAGUUCGAGAUUCGCAUCCCUGUGAAUCCGAGCGGAUCAUUGAGUCGACCAGGUACUCCUCACAACGAGUCGCUGACGGAUCAACCACCUGAAUAUAAUUCUCCCCCUCGCUCUUCAGCAGAUGAAGCCGGGGUAUUGAACGAGCCGCGCCAGAUUGAAGUGACUCUUCCGGCAAGCUCGAUCAAACCAGCAAUUCCCCAUUCUCUACCGACAGCUCUGGUGAAUUCUGACUCAAAACAAACACCAAUUCGCUCCCUCCAACCGCCGGUUAAUCUCCAGAGCUCCGGCCUCGCGCAGGCGCAACCUCUCACAUUCCUCGUUGCAGAGGACAACCAAAUUAACCGGAAGAUCCUGGUCAACAUGUUACGAAAAUUAGGAUAUCGUGACGUAUACGAAGCUUAUGAUGGGCGAGAAGCCGUACGCAUCAUGCAAGAAAUACUUUUGUCAUCGUACCCUCUUCCAUCGCCUGUCUCUUCACCUUCGCUGCCCAGCAGCGACAGUGGCAUGAGCAAUCCACUUUCUCCAGAUACCGUAAACGGCAAGAAAAGAACAAAACCGAUAGACGUCGUCUUGAUGGAUCUUUGGAUGCCUGAAAUGGAUGGCUAUGAAGCUACAUCGAAGAUCUUUGAAAUGGUGAAUGAACACUGCAAUCGUCUCAGUCCGCACGUCCAACGUGAUGAUAGUCCGGCUGAAAGCAGACGCUCGUCUUGGGAUCAAGAUAGCGAACAGUACUCACCGUCGGCCGGCGAUAUUUCGCCAAAGGUUUUGGCUGUCAGUGCGGAUGCCACGGAUGAAGCUUUGAAUAAAGCCUCGUCUGUGGGCAUACAAGGCUAUAUGACGAAACCCUAUAAACUUGCUGACCUGGAGAGGCUUAUUGCUGAUUGUUGUACAUUCAACGUAACAUCUACAACACUCCUGAGCGCCUUGCUCUUCACUGGAGCUUCCACUAGCGUGCUAGCCCAACAACAGCAACAUCAACAUCAACAACCAUUAUUCAAAACCAGCGACAGCAGGGAGAACAAUGAACAUACCGAAGUCGGCGAUUUCAUCAUCCAGUACCUGCAAGCCCGCGACUUUACAGUCGAGAAGCAAAUCAUUGAGCCAGAGGCUGAAAAGGGCCGGUUUAAUAUCUAUGCAUACCCAAACUCGAGCCCUACACCACCUAGGGUUCUUUUGUCGAGUCAUAUCGAUACUGUCCCGCCCUACAUCCCGUACAGCCUGCACGCACCUUCUACCACCCCUCGCUCCUCACCGAGCUGGCGCGAGGAGAUUGUGAUCGCGGGCCGUGGCUCGGUGGACGCGAAGGGGAGCGUGGCAGCGCAGGUCUUCGCUGUACUAGAGUAUCUGCAGACUCAUCCGGACGCCUCAAUCGGUCUGCUCUUCGUUGUCGGCGAGGAAGUCAACGGGGUGGGGAUGCAGUGGUUCUCGCAGUCGGCGCUGAACACCUCGCCGCCGACUUUCCACACCGUCAUAUUCGGCGAACCCACCGAGCUCGCCCUGGUCUCGGGCCACAAGGGGUCGCUCUUCUUCACGCUGUCUGCGAAAGGCAAGGCGGCGCAUUCGGGCUAUCCAUGGCUAGGGCGUAGCGCGGUGUCGGCAUUGCUGCCGGCGUUGCUGAAGCUGGAUACCCUCGGCGAUAUCCCCGUCGACGAAGGUGGGCUUCCGGGGAGUGAGAAGUUUGGAAAAUCGACUAUCAACAUAGGGCGUCUUGAGGCGGGGAUUGCUGGGAAUGUGGUGCCGGUGCAUGCAGAAGCUAGUGUUAAUAUUCGUCUUGCGUAUCAUGACGUGGAAAAGGCAAAGGAGAUUCUGACGAAUGCGGUGCGGGAUGCUACGCAUGGUGAUGAGAAUGUUACUAUCGAAUGGGGGAAUAAUGGUGUCGGCCAUGCACCGAUUGAUAUUGAUGCGGACGUCGAAGGGUUCAAUGUGACUACCGUGAACUACGCGACUGAUGUCUGGUAUCUGAAACUCCAUGAAGGCUCUGGUGGAAGCCCGAUUGGUCGCGUGCGUCGGUAUUUGUAUGGACCAGGGAGUAUUUUUGUGGCCCAUGGAGCCAAUGAAGCUAUAAAGGUUGGAGAUCUGGAGGCGGCAGUAGCUGGGUAUAAGAAGUUGAUUGAUGCUGCCAUUGAGAGGAAUUCGUAA